CCAUUACUAAUUAUUAUUACUCAUUACUAUAUGGUUGUAAUGAUUGAAUGGUUAUCUGACGAGUUAUAUUCUGAUGGAACAACCUCUAUGGCCUCUGUGACUCACUGCAGGUCGAUAUUAGAAACACAGCUGCAUCUUUUUAUUGUUUUGAAUGAAUUGUUUUGUUUUCACUGAAAAUAUGAGUGUGCGUCUGACGCUCCGUGGAGUCAGAGCUGACCUGAGACUCCACUGCCCUCCAGCGGUCACAGCAAGGAACUGCAAUACUAAAUCAUCAAUAUCUGUGCAACGCAUUGCUUGUGUGAUUACUACAAUGGCAACAGUAACAUCAGUAUUGUGGUUCGCUGGAUUGGUAAAGAGCCGUUUUAUUAACGGUUGUAACUUUCCUCUACGGUGUCAUCAUAUGAGCGGUGUAUAGCGCCUCUCUGCUCCUCCACGGACUGCAGCUGCACCGAUGCGCUCUGCGGUUUAAAUGCGCUGAUUGAAUGACAAAUAAAGGCACGAAAACGUCUCAAUCGCAGCGGAAACAUACGGAAUCCGUCUCCUGUAUGCCCGUCACCAAAAAGCCGCAAAGCCAAGGACUUUUUUCUAGUUCCUGUUAGGAUGUCGUCAUCUGAAAAUGCUGCGUCACAUAAAGUCUGUGAAGCAUCGCUCCCUUCAUCAGAGGCUGAACCCCUGAGGAUCGUCCUGCUGGGGAGGACAGGAACAGGCCGGAGCUCCUCAGGCAACACCAUCCUGGGCAGGGCCGCCUUCUGGGUCACUGUCUCCCCCUGUUCCGUCACCACGCGGUGCGAGAGACAGACCGGGACCGUCCACGGGCGGAGCAUCUCCGUGAUUGACACUCCUGGUUUCUUGCACACACGACUGUCCCCCGAGGAGGUCAUGGCUGAGGUGGGACAGAGCGUCGUCCUGUCCUCUCCGGGCCCCCACGCCUUCUUGGUGACCCUGCAGCUCGGCAGGUUCACCCAGGAGGAGAGGGACGCCUUGGAGUGGAUCAAGGCUACGUUUGGACCCGGAGCCACCAGGUUCACCAUGGUGCUGUUCACCGGGGGGGACCGGCUGCGGGGCAAACGCAUCGAGGACUUCCUGGGGGAGAGCGACGAGCUGUCAGAAUUCGUCGGCAGCUGCCACGGAGGGUAUCACGUCUUUGACAACAGCGACCGGGACGAGACAGCGGAGUGCUCGCAGCAGGUCGCACACCUCCUGAAGAAGGUGGACAAGACCGUGGCGAGCAAUGGAGGCGGCUGCUACAGCAAAGAGAUGUUCAAGGAGGCCGAGAGGGCCAUCAGGGAGGCGCAAGAGAGGAUUCUGGGAGAGAGAGGACACAAGGUGGAGUCCCCUAAGAAGGCUCGGAACACAGAGGAGCAGAGACCAGAGUUGGAGAAGAGGAGGAGGGAGGAAGAGGACAGGAAACGGGCAGAGAGGCUUUUCUGGUGCGAGCUGCUGACCGCGGUGGGGAAAGGCGCCGCAGAGGGGGCAGGGAUCAUGGGUAAGGACGAGGAAGGGAAAGGGAAGGCUGUGAGGAAGGUGAAGGUGGUGGAGAGGGCAGCGGCUCUGGCAGCGUCGCCGCUCUCCAUCACUUCGGCCGCAAAAGCGGUGGGAGGAGCUGUGAGGGAAGGAAGCAAGGUGUUAUACAAGCACAGGAAAACUUUCCUGAAGACACCUCAUUGAACAAAGUCAAGUAUCCCUCAUUGUAGUAAAACCUUGGAUCAACAUAGAGGGGGUGAUGUGUUCCGUGACGUAAUGCAGCAGCACUUUCCAACCAUACUGUCAAAUAAGAAUGCAUGUGUGUGUGUGUGUGUGUGUGUGCGCGCACACCCUAAGGUAAACAUCCUGGUCUGUUGCGGUCCAUGUGGAUUGGUAACAAAGAACAAAGCCACACCUUUGAAUUGAGAGAACUCACAUGUUAUAAUAAAGGUAAUGUCAUAAAAAAUAAUGUGCAAUUCAUCUUACUGUACUAAAAAACUGAUUUAUCUUUUACAGAAGUUCCACACGCUUGACUGCCAUUUUUUUUCAUCCCCCGACACAAAAAGACAGUUUGGUCAAGGAAACAACCCAGGAAAAGAAAACAGCAUUUGUUUGACUAAAGCAUUGGAACAGUUAUCUUUUCCAUCUUUGGCUUCAUUUAAGACACGACAGAAUGUUUAGCCCUUUUUUUUUUUUUCCUCCCAUGAAGAAUUACAUUGAAAUAUGAAAGACGACGAUUAAGAUGAAAUACAAAAAAAAGUCAACAUACUUGGCAAUAAGGAAAGACAUUGUUUGCAUAGAACGCAGUUAUAGCUAUUCAGGGAGUGUCUGACGUUACACAACCACAGAGAAAGACACUUUAUGGAAGAUGUGUGAUUAGUGAUAUUGGGCUAUAUAAAUAAAAUUAACUUGACUUAAAUAGUUCAGAGUACAAAUCUCAAAGAAGAAAAAAAAAAAAAAAACUACAAUAUUUGUCAUGGAAGUUUGUCAAAUGUGCCGGUGAUUGGAUAGAGUGUAGGACGCUUUGACAUGAAACUGUGGGACCUUUUACAGCUUUUAACUCAGAAGCUACAUACAAUCUACCUGAAGUACAAUUUUGUGGAUUUAACAUUGUAACUGUCUCCAGAGCCAAAGCCCCAAAGUACUGAGAAAUACACAGUUUCCAUAGCGUCAAUCACUUGCAUGAAUUUUGAGUUCCACGUGCACGUCAGGGACGAAUUUCUAGUGUCACAUUUGCAUCUUCUGAAGAAAAAACAAACAAACAAACAAACAUACGUCCCCCAAAACUUUUGACCACAACAGCGCACGUAUGCAUGCAGACUCACACACAAAGUACCAAUCACAGCCCAAAAAAAAAAAUCAGGUGCACACACUUUGGUCCACAGAAUGACGUCAGACCAGAAGUCCCGUUCUUGAAAACAGACGCAGGAGCUGUCGCGGGCACAGGUGUCGGGUUUAAAUGGGCAUCGGCAGGCUCAUCUUUCCUCUUCCUCGGAGCACUGCAGAAAGGCAGAGGACAGAGAGGAAGAACAAAGCGGACUUGAGAAGGGAAACUUUUCCUGAGCUACGUUUGAGGAUACGUUUUGCUUUAACUGCUAGUCUCUACUCACCCCUUGUGACGUAAAGGUAGAAGAAGUCGCAGUAGAAAAUGGUCUGCACCACGCCGGACACCACGGCGAUCUGGUCGAAGAAGUCCUCGGUGUGGUAGCGCCACACCCAGUUGGCUAUGUAGAGGGCUCGGUAGAGGCCGAGGAAGAACAGGUAGUGGGUGGUGAUGGACUCGGCCUCGCCGGUCUUUGUGAUCAUGAAGAGCUGCGGCAUUAUGGCCACCGCCUCCAGGAAGAUGGAGAAGGUCCACA